AUGGAAGUCCACGGCAACUACCUUGCCUACGAAGUCGCGCGGUACAAGGAGAAGCGCCCAGGAGAGACGACCAAGCCGCUCUGGGGAUCCAGUUUUGAUAUCAAGGCUCAGAGGGAGAGGCUGGAGAAGCUGUCGUUGAUCGACAGGGCUGAGGCGACCGCUUUGAAGCGCAACUACUACAGGGACCUGUCCGUGCCCAUCAAAGACAUUCUCCACGCGUAUACCUCAAUGCUCCCGAUCCCAAUCCCCGAAGAUGAAACCCUCGAACAUGCGCAAAAUGACGAACAAGCUCAUCGAGAUCAUCGAGAGAGUGUCCGCACGGAGGGUACCCUCGACGUGUUUAAGGCUGAAGACGGAGACCGCAUCGGCGUCAAGUUCAAGCUUCCUCGUGCUGAUGGCGAGGGGAAGAGUCAAGGCUACUAUCAUACCGUCACCUUCGUGCCGUUGGCGGCAGGUCUGGGCCAAUAUUGUUCUUGUAACCCUCUGUCCUUCGCUCCGCGUCCACAUGCACUCGAACGCGGACAGUAA